UAAGAGAGAAGGAGGGAUUGCCCAAAUGGAGCAGAAUUCACUGUGUGGAAGGUCCUUGUAGUUGGUUUGAAAUUUUUAUGAAUGUAACAAGACAUGAAUAAACCCAAGAUGGCGACUGAGAAAGGGAUUCCCAGUAGCUCCAGGGUGCUGAUGUUGCUGGGCCAGUUAGAGAGGACGAAUGGAGAGGCUCUUCACCCUGAUACUGAGGUCACCCGACAGCUGACCGGAAAAAUCCUCCAUCUCAUCCAGACUCAAGAGAAAACGAGGAAGGAGAUCAUGGGUAAGGGUUCGUCUGGGAUGGAGGUCAUUCUGGCGUCCUUAGAGAACACAAGAGACCUGCAGACCAUUCUGAAUAUCCUGGGUAUUCUAAAUGAGCUGUUGUCUGUGGGUGGGGGGCGCAGGGUGGGGGUGUUUGUGUCCAAAGGGGGCACAGCCAUUCUGUUACAGCUGCUGCUCAGUGCUGGUAAAGAAUCCCCCCCCAGUGAAGAACUCAUGCUCCAGAUCCACUGCCUCCUGGCCAAAGUCGGACCUAAAGACAGGAAGUUCGGUAUCAAAGCCCGUCUGAAUGGUGCCCUGAAUGUGACUGUUAACCUGCUGAAACAGAACCUUCAGAACCACAAACUCCUACUGCCUUGCCUGCAGGUUCUGCGAGUCUACGCCAGUAACUCCGUCAACGCCGUUUCUCUGGGGAAGAGUGGAGUGGUGGACCUGAUGUUUAAGAUCAUCGGGCCCUACAGCAAAAAGAACACGAGCGUGCUUAAGGUGGGACUGGAUACUUUGUCAGCAUUGCUGAAAUCAAAGAUGAAUGCCCGGCGGGCCGUGGACAGGGGCUGCGUGCCCGCUCUCCUGGCUAUCUACCAGGACUGGCAUCGCAACGACACCCGUCACCGACACAUGCUCAUCCGCAAGAGCAUUCUGGGAUGCCUGAAAAACGUCACCAACAUCAAGCUGGGCAGGAAGGCCUUAAUCGACGCCGACGGCAUGAGAAUCCUGUACAGUACAUCCACCGAGUGCCUGCCCGUGAGGACCUUGGAUCCUCUGGUAAACACCUCCAGCCUCAUUAUGAGAAAGUGCUUCCCAAAGAACCGCCUUCCCCUGCCCACCAUCAAAAGUGUCUUCCAUUUCCAGCUCCCAAACAUCCCGGCCGAGGGACCCGUCGCCCAGAUCUACAACCAACCCCCCGGGGUGGAUGACGUUGUGGAUGAAAGUGACGAUAAUGAGGACGCUGAAAUGGACACAGAGAUGGACACGGAGAACGAGGAGGAGGAGAAGGAAGCGAAGAACGAUGACAUUGAGACCGAUAUCCGUAAACUCAGACCCGCUAAGGUCCUUACACGCCCCUUUGACGAGCUGCGGUCUUACGAGCGGUUUUUUGUAGAACUCUCUGAAGAUUUUCAGGGCUUUGAAUUUGGGAACACCAAAACGGCUGUGCCCCCCGCCCCUCGCACUCCACAGCCCAGGCACCUCCAGCCCAUCGUUGUCCCUACCGAUCGGGCUCCGCCCCUGUCCUGCCCCGACCCCCUCCUCAAAACCCCCGGCAUGGAGAAAGGGGAACCCCCCAGGUACGAGGACCAGCCGCUGAGCCUGGAGAGCAUCGCCCUCACCAAAGCUACAGAGCAAGGGCUGGACCGGGAACUGACCCACAGCUUGGACAAGCUGACCCUGGACCCGUCAGCGGGCCCGGAGAACGGGACCGGCGCCGUGCCGGACGGGACCCAGGAGGAGAACGCGGAACAGGCGGUUCUGGAGGUCCCGGACACGGCGGCGUUGCUGCCCCUCCACGACCCUGACCUCUACCUGGAGAUGGUGAAGUCCACCCGCUCGGUGCCCGGCUACACCGAGGUGGCAUACCCGGACUACUUCGGGCACGUGGCGCCGAAUGUCCGCGAGCCCAUCCUGGAACGAGUCUACGGGGUUCAGAGGACCAAGAUCUUCCAGGACAUCGAGAGACUUAUCCACCCUGGUGACAUUCUGGAUAAAGUCGUUUAUGACCUGGAUCUGCAAAGCGUCCCGGUCGUAACCGACGGAGAGACACUCAAGUUCAACUCGCAGUUUGAGUCUGGAAAUCUCCGGAAGGCCAUACAAGUCAGAAAGAACGAGUACGACCUGAUCCUAAACUCGGACAUUAACAGUAACCAUUACCACCAGUGGUUUUACUUUGAGGUGAGCAACAUGAGUGUGGGUCAGCCUUAUCGCUUCAACAUCAUCAACUGUGAGAAAUCCAACAGCCAGUUCAACUAUGGAAUGCAGGUGCUGAUGUAUUCUGUACAAGAGGCCAUCAGUGGCAGUCCCUGCUGGGAACGCACUGGACUGGACAUCUGUUACUACAAGAACCAUUUCUCUCGAAGUUCCAUUGCAGCGGGAGGUCAAAAGGGCAAAUCCUACUACACCAUGACAUUCACUGUGACCUUUCAACACAAAGACGACGUCUGUUACUUUGCCUACCAUUACCCUUACACCUACUCUGCCCUAAAGAUGCACCUGCGGAAGCUGGCGGAGAUGCGGACCCCUCAGAUCUACCUGAGAGAGGACGUCCUGUGUGAAACUCUGGGAGGAAACCUCUGCCCGCUCCUCACCAUCACUGCCACGCCCGAGUCCUCCCACAACGACCACCUCUGCCAGUUCAGGAACCGUCCGGUGGUGUUCCUGACGGCACGGGUUCACCCCGGCGAGACCAACGCCAGCUGGGUCAUGAAGGGCACGCUGGAGUUUCUCAUGGGGCCCAGCACACAGGCCCAGUGUCUGAGAGAGGCCUACAUCUUCAAAAUAGUACCCAUGCUAAACCCGGACGGCGUCAUCAACGGAAAUCACCGUUGUUCUCUGAGUGGGGAGGAUCUGAACAGGCAGUGGCAGAAUCCCAGUCCAGAGUUGCACCCCACAGUCUACCACACCAAAGGCCUUCUGCAGUACCUCGCUGCCACACACAGAACACCGCUGGUGUUCUGUGAUUACCACGGCCACUCGCGGAAGAAGAAUGUGUUUAUGUACGGCUGCAGUGUGAAGGAGACUGUGUGGCAAACCAAUGUUAACGCCACUUCCUGUGACCUGCACGAGGACCUGGGAUACCGAACUCUGCCAAAGAUCCUGUCUCAGAUGGCCCCUGCCUUCAGCCUGGCGAGCUGCAGCUUUGUGGUGGAGCGAUCGAAGGAGGCCACGGCACGCGUGGUGGUGUGGAGGGAGAUCGGAGUUCAGCGCAGUUACACCAUGGAGAGCACGCUGUGUGGCUGCGACCAAGGCAAAUACAAGGGUCUUCAGAUCGGUACCAGGGAGUUGGAGGAAAUGGGUGCCCAGUUUUGUAUUGCUCUUCUCAGGCUAAAGAGACUCACUUCACCCCUGGAGCUCCGAAACCACGCUCACUUACUAGACGUGGAGAACGACCUCAUCGACACGCGUUGCAAAAUCACCAGCCCCACCACGUACGUGAUGGAGGAAGACGAGCCGGCGUUCCUGGAGGAGGUGGACUACAGCGCCGAGAGCAACGACGAGAUCGAACCGGACAUGGAUCCGGAAUUCCACGACAACCCGGCUCUGACGGAUCCGCUCUCCGACUCGGAAAUCAACAACCAAGACUCUCUCAUCUGACUCGCCGACCCACAAAACAGCAUAAAACCACUUAACCACUAACAAACGCUUCACUUAAAACCCCUGCCUGGGAAGGCUGUCCACCAUUAGCACCAGUGCAGUAGCUGUAGCCUGUUACCAACGCUAUGGGCAGAACCCCGACGCCAUGGCAACCAGCUCAGCCCGCACCCACCUCGGCCUGCUCUGCCUUACCUCUCUGGCACAGAGAUAGUUAGACAAUAUUACCCAAAGAUAACAGGAUUACACAAAUGUUACAGGAGCCACACCAGAGAGAGACAGAGAGAGAGAGAAUAUUUUAGAAACCUGGAUGUUUAAAUGGUCACGAAACAAAUGCAAUUCGAUGGUGAAUGUAGUGUUACCCU